AUGGACAAUCUGUCCUUGGUUGUGGUGACCCUCCUCAUCAUCGCGGGAUCUGCUCUCAUUCUCCGCAUCAGACAUGAUCCGCGCGAACCCCCCGUAGUCCACAAUGGCAUCCCAUUCAUCGGCCAUAUGAUCGGCUUCAUUCGUCAUGGAGUCGACUACUACGCGUUGCAGACCGCAAAACACGGCCUCGAUGCCUUCACCAUGGACGUGCUCUUCACCAAAAUCUAUGUCAUCGCCACCGCGAAUCUAGUCAUUGCUGCCCGGCGCCAUCACCGUACCAUGUCAUUUGAGCCCGCCAUUACCGGCGCGGCGCGGCGCGUGACCGGCCUCAGAGGACGCGGGUUUGAGCUCCUCAGCGAGAAGCGGCCCGGGGGCGAGAACUUGCACGGAGACGUCGUCAACGCGAUGCGUCCGGCUCUCGAGGGAGCGGGAUUGGACGGGAUGAACGAGAAGGUGAUUGGGUUCUUGCUCGGGAGCGUUGAUGACUUGCCGACCGCUGCGCCGUUUGAUUUUCACGGGUGGUGUCGUGCGGCCCUCACCGUCUCCAGUACGGAUGCGGUGUAUGGGCCUCUGAAUCCGUACCGGUCCAAGGAGCUGCAGGAUGCGUUCUGGGACUUUGAGGAGAAUCUCGCGCUGCUGCUGAUGGACGUCGUGCAGAGGGUCACAGCGCGCAAGGCAUGGAAGGCACGGCAGCGACUCGUGGCAGCCUUCCUCGAUUACUACCGUGCUGGUGGGCAUCUCGACUCGUCACAGUUGACGUAUGCUCGGUGGGAGACGCAGCAGAAAGGCGGUGCCACGCUGGAGGACAUUGCCCGCCUGGAGGCGGCUGCUGCAUUGGGGACCUUGUCGAACACAGUUCCGGCCAUGUUCUGGUUCAUGUUUGACAUCUUCUCGCGUCCGGAGUUGCUCAAGGAAGUGCGGGAUGAAGUUGCUCAGCGUGCAGUCCAGGUUGAUGCGCAGGGCGUGCACACCAUUGAUCUCGCCGAGAUCAAGGAGAAGUGCCCGCUGCUAAUGUCGGCGUUCCAGGAGACGCUACGGCUACGUUCUAAUACCGUUCCUAUACGGAUUAUCUUUGAGGACACCAUCCUGGAUGACCGGUAUCUUCUGAAAAAGGGUGGAGUCUUGCAGAUGCCGGCACACGCGAUCAACCGCGACCGGACAAUCUGGGGCAGCGACGCGGACGAAUACGACCCUCGCCGAUUUGUCAAAAUCAACCAGUCUGACAGCCGCAAGAAAGCCAACGGGUUUCUGUCCUUUGGAACAUCUCCGCACGUUUGUCCGGGCAGGCACUUUGCCACGGGGGAGAUCCUGGCUCUGAUUGCCAUGCUUGUGCUUCGAUAUGACAUUGUCCCUCUCGGCGGCGCGUGGAAAGAGCCCAGGAUCAACAAGACAGCUGUUACGUCUUCGACAAGGCCUCCUGCGGAAAAAUUCAAAGUGGUUGCAAUGGCCAGAAAGGAGUAUGAGGGGGUUAAAUGGGCGUUCCGUGUGACGGAGGGCAAGGGGAAAUACGGACUGAUCAUCGGGUAG